AUGUCGGUUAUAAACUCCCAGCCUUCUCCCUUCGGACACCUGACGCGUGAGAAGCACAUCGAUGCCACUUGUUCCAAGUCCUGGAGGAAGAAGCAGGCCUCCCGGGCGCUCCUGGCUGGGGAGAGGUCUCACGGGCAGCCGGGAAGUGCGAGCUCAGCCGCCGGGCCGCCAGAUCCAACAUGCAUCCGGAGGAGUCCAUCUCCAGCAGCCCUGCAGGGUGGGUUUGCCGACCGGUGGGGCGCCACGGGCCACAGCUGCCCCACAAGGGCCUGGGCGUGUUCUGCAACUGCCCCAUCUGGAAGCGGGACCCCUGGGAGCCAGGUUUUGCCUCCCGUGCGGCUGUGCUGCAAGGAAAGGCAAGGAGCUGAGCCAGGAACUACGCGGGAGCAGGCGCUUCAGGAGGAAGCAGGCUCGCACCCAGGACUGGAAGUCUUGGCUGGGCUCCGGCAACUCUGCAUCACCUCCAAGGCGGAGUUGUAUGGACUUGUCAGCAGUAAACAAAGAAGAGCCUACGUUCUCAGCGGUGCUGAGGACAAAGGGAGUCUGCUGGUGGCCGCAGAAGAUGUCAGCGACUGCUGCUUCCACUGGUGUGGCCCUGCCCGCUCCUGCCAUCUCUGCCUCUGGGAUCAGGAAGGCUGCGUCGUCCUACGGUUCUGCAAACCUUUCCGCCUGGGCUUUGGCUGCUUCUGUUGCUGCCAGACGGAGAUCCGGGUUUUCACCAGUGCUAAUCAGCUGGUCGGCACCGUGCAUCAGAGCUGCUGUCUCUUUCCCCAUCUCCUGGAAGUGCGUGAUGCCCACGGCUUGACUACCAUGACCAUACGUGGCUCUUGGAUGACCAGCCGUUGCUUCUCAACACAGGAGUUCCAGGUUCUCUCCUCCACAGGCUGCUUGGUCGCCAGCAUCUGGAAGAAGUGGCCAGGUUUCCAUGAAGAAUGCAAUAUGGAUCACGAAUCCUUUGGGGUGGACAUCGUUGCAUCAGACUUGAGCAACGAGGAACGCGGCUGCCUUCUGGGCGCAGCAUUCUUGGUGAACUUCAUGUUCUUUGAAGUGAGCUGA